ACCAAUACCCCGUGCUUCUUCAGCAAGUCUUCUUCACCAAAACCGCAAACAUGUCAAUGUCAAUCGAAGAAUGCCAGACGCCUCGCGCUGGCUUCCCCAAGCCUGUCCCCAACACUCCCACAAAUGUCAUGCAACAAUUCAGCAUGGCAGGAAAGACAAUUGUCGUUACCGGCGCUGCUGAAGGAAUUGGUGGAGCCGUCGCCGACGCCAUGGCUGAAGCUGGCGGCAACGUAGCCCUCUGGUACAACUCCAACAGCGCAGCCAUCACACGCGCAGAGACCCUCGCAAAGGAGCACAACGUAAAGACAAAAGCUUACAGCGUAAACCAAAUCGACGCUGCUGCCGUGCAAAAAGCGGUUCAACAGGUCGUCGAGGAUUUCGGCCGCAUCGAUGUUUUUGUCGCAAACGCUGGAACGGGAGACAGCAAACCACUUCUCGACCAGACACUCGAGAGCUACCACAACCUCAUGAAGGUCAACGUCGACGGCCCAGUUUUCUGCGCCAAGUACGCAGGAGAAGUGUUCAAGAAGCAAGGAUUCGGCAACUUGAUUCUCACAAGUUCGAUAUCAGCACACAUCGUCAACGUCCCCGUUGACCAGCCCAUAUACAAUGGCACAAAGGCCUUUGUAUCACAUUUGGGCAAGUCGCUAGCAAGGGAGUGGAGAGAGUUUGCUAGGGUUAACAUUGUGAGCCCGGGAUUCUUUGACACAAAGAUGGGUGCCGGACCACAGGUUAUCAACGAGGGAUUGAGGAUGAUUCCGCUAGGACGGCAGGGAAACGUCAAGGAGAUCAAGGGAUUGUUCUUGUAUCUGGGUAGCGAUGCAUCCAGCUACAUGACUGGUAGCGACUGCAUCAUCGAUGGUGGAUACGUACUGCCAUAA